CAACUUUCAGAUGCACCGUGGCCGUGCCGGUAGACAGAAGCGAGACAAAGUCAUGCUUUUUUUUCAAAAUGUUUUGUUUGUAGAAUAUUUGCCGAGUGUUCUCUCCCCUUGCUGGGAAUCACUACUACUACUACUACUAGUAGAUCAAACGCUCCUCCCUGUAUUCAACAACAUGCACCAUCUCGAAUAAACAUUAUCGACAGAAACAGAAAGCCAUUGUGUUUCUUGCCGCCUUAUUUGUGACGUUGUUCGCCUUUUCCUAGAUCACGGCAACGACUUGAGAAGGAUCUCCACGACCACGCAUGGUGCCAUUCUUUUUUGAAAAAGCUGAUCUUUGAUUGUUUUGCGCUGUGCCGGGGGUGGCGAUUCGCUUGAAAUGAACCCGUUGCAGUAGAAGCGCUUCAUGUAUUCACAAAUUAAAAAUGCCAGCAUCUUCGUCCCUAAAUCAAGACUGAUAGAGCGACAAAGCAAGAACAGUGCAACAAGGAAAUAAUCGUAACAUGGCGAACAAUUCGGAUUCGCAUGCUUUUCAAAAUUUUCUCAACAUCUUCAACACAGGUAAAGAAACUACCGACUCGGCCCUUCAUAAGUGGAAUAUAAAAGCGUAACUACUUCGAAAAGAUAAAGAGUUGCUUAAUAUUCGCAUCUUCAGGAAUAAAUCUUGAUCUUCACACACGAACUAGCUACACGACUACUACAGGAGUCAAUCCUCUGUUUCAUUUUGGUCAAGCCCGGGACCAGAGGUACAAGAAGUAAAAGCCAGUACCCCGGACAAAAUGGCGGCCGCGCGAUUGGAGGACGAUACCGACGCCAUGAAGCUCGUGUGGGAGCGCGGGGCGGACGGUAAGCUGACGAUGGAGGCGAAGUACCAGGUGGAAAAGCUGAACAAAGAGCAAGUGAUGCGGGAGAAAAAAAAGACCGGGAUCGAAAAGAACCGCGAGGAGGAAGCCUACGUCACACUGGAUAGCGAUGUGGUCCUCCGAAAGAAGGCGAAAGGUAUAGCACAGUGCUCAGUUCGCCUUGCUACAGUGCUCUACUCAAACUUCCCUUUGGGAUUUUAUUUUUCAAUAUAGUACAAAUUUGUACAGUUCUCGAUGUGAUAGUGAUAUUCAUGUUUCGAUGGAAGACGAUGACGAGCAUGAACAACAAUAUCCAUCGUACUUUACAUGUUGUUUUUACGUAAGAUUGUCUUCGUUUAUUCGUAGCCUCUGAUGAAAUGCGCAUAAUUAUGCAGGUAAGCUCUCCUGGCUCCAGAAAGCGUUCCAGGCUAUGGAGGACGGGCGAUUUACCCACCAGCACAUUUUCCGCGUGUACGAAAUCCUCGCCGCGCCGACCUUCGGCGACGAUUGGCACUUUGCGCAGUCAAAGAAGGCGUUCGAGCUGCUGCAGGACCCGAACAAUUUAGGAUACUUCACUUACAACCAGCAAAAAUUUCUGCAGUCCAACAAAUUCAGGAUACACAAGGAGCAUGCGGUAUAAUUUUGUUUUUGUUUACUUUUUGUCGCUUGGUUUUCCUUUUCCUGCUCCGCUUUGAUUUCGUGUAGAGGCUUUCUUUCCUGGGAUUAGUUGGUUUAUACCACCGGCGUGGUCGUGCGCAUGACCUUCCUACGAUGAUAAUCCUUCCUGUCGUAGCGAAUCACCAUACCUGAAGUGCACGAACUACCUUGGAUGUACAAACUAAUCAACUAUGGGUUCAGCUUGUACUUAUGAAGCGAAAAUAAACAAAAAAAAAACAGGUCGUCAACCUGAUUUCGUCCGAAGAAGACGAGCCGAAUACGUUUGGGCAACCCCAGGGCUCUGACAAGCCCAAGUGGUUGAUCCGGAAGGAGCGGCGAGCAAGAGGGUUGCCCUCUGACAGUGACGAGGACCUGCAAAAACCGCUCGUCGAUGCGAAGAAACAAAAGGAGGCGGAGGAACGGGCGAAACGCAUGCUGGCGGCGAAGCACCCCUUGGACGACCACUACAGCAAAUUCCGGAUUCGCCCCAAAAAGGAGGAGAAGGAGGAGGAGAAGAAAAAGACGACUAGGGACCGAGACCGCAGCCGGGAUCGUCGCAAGGAGCAAAAGAAAACAAACGACAGUAGAAAUCGCAGCGGUGGGAGAGGUACAACUACUAGGGACAAAGCUGCAACCACAAACCGUGGAACAACCCGGAAUGAUUCUCGUUCGCGGUCCCCCGCAGCGAGACGAGGAGAGAACAACUACUACAACUCUCGAAAGAGCAAGAAGGAGGAUUCUCGUGGCCGAGCUGCGAACAGGGCCUCGUACAACGAGGAUCGCACGAGAGGCCGCAGGAACAACGAGGACUCGCGCGGUCGGCCAGCGAAUUAUAAACACGACAAAGCGCCGCCAGCCGGAGCCGCUGCUCGCGGCGGCCGUAAAAAUGACAGCCGGUCCCGCGGCUCGGAAGUAGAAAAAGAGACCCUGGAAGAGCGCAUCCAGAAGCGGGAGAAGGAGCGGGAGGAGAAGAGAAAGCAAGAGCUGAUCGAGAAAAAACUCGCGAAGCUGCGGGCCGAAGAGGAGCGAGCGAACCUGCCGAGUUCCUCCAGCGAGGACGAAGACGGAAACGAAAACGACUCGGACGACGACAAAAAAAAGGGGGGCAAGAAGGUGGAGCGAAGAGUCGACCCGGCAGACGACAACAUGUACAGCUUGGAAGAAUUCUGCGAGGCCUACGGCGGGACCCCGCAGCACCCACCCAGGCUGUGGACGCAACAGCGACACACAGCGUUUUUCUUCGCAAACUGAAGAGAAAAUGUGUGUCGUGUAUUUAGCAAGCGAAUGAACAAUACGUAUACGGGCAACUUCUACAAUCGUUGGCGCUAGCUAAGCUUUCGUCUUCUUCUAUUAGAAACCUGAAUUCUAUUACAAAAAGCGACUCUCUGACUCAUGAUAAAAUAACCAGGAACUUCUGAGUACUGCCCUCCUGCGCCGAGAAGC